CACUGUAGAUGCAUUCCGCUAUGGCUGCAUUGAAGGUUGCAAUGCAUAUAUCCUAAGUCACUUCCAUGCUGAUCACUAUGGUGGCUUGACCAAGGGAUGGUCACAUGGCCCCAUCUAUUGUACCCCUCUCACCGCUCGGCUGCUCAGAAUGUGUCUAUAUGUUAAUCCAUUAUUCAUCCGUCCUUUGGAAUUAGGUACUGAACAUGUCAUCGAUGGAAUCAAAGUGACAAUGUUAGAAGCUAAUCACUGCCCCGGUGCAGCUCUUAUUCACUUUUGUCUUCCAAAUGGACAACGUUAUUUGCACACCGGAGACUUUAGAGCCAGUAAACUUAUGCAUGCUUAUCCCCUUCUCAUAAACCAACGAGUCAAGGCACUUUAUCUUGACACGACAUACUGCAACCCAAAGUACAGGUUCCCUUCCAAAGAAGAUGUUAUGAGUUUUGUUGUGAGAAUCACGCAGAACUCUCUGAGGAAGCAACCCAAAACCCUUGUUAUUGUUGGGGCGUAUAGCAUCGGGAAGGAAUGUGUUUAUCUUGCAAUUUCCAAGGCUUUAGGGGUUAAAAUAUAUACAAACACCACAAGGAGGCGUAUUCUGCAGUCUUUUGGUUGGCCUGAACUUUCUGGGAAUCUGUGUUCACAAGGGAAUGAAACACCUCUCCAUGUACUGCCCAUGUCAUCUCUGAGAUUCGAGAUCCUAGAGCAUUAUUUAAAGCCGUAUAUGAAUCAGUAUACAGCAGUUUUGGCAUUUAGGCCAACAGGUUGGACUUACUCUGAAACGAUUGGUAAUUGCUUGGACCUAAUAAAACCCACUUCCAGAGGCAUUGUCACAAUUUAUGGAGUUCCAUAUAGCGAGCACUCCAGCUUCACAGAACUACAAGAGUUUGUUCAGUUUCUCAGGCCUGACAAGAUAAUUCCAACUGUAAAUAUUGGAAAUGCUGCUAAUCGAGAUAAGAUGCAGUCUUACUUUAAAGAAUGGAUGAAACGAUAACGGUUCUCACCAGAAUUCUGUAGUUCAUACUUCUCAGUUGUGUAGAGUGCUCUCUGUAUCAGGAAUGGAAAGAUUGGCUUAUCCAGUUUAUGAUUAUUGGCACAAGGGUAAAGGUUUCACGAAAUUCAUUAGUCCUUUAUAUUGUUUACUCUUUAUUAAUUAAAUCUUUUUGUUUGUAACAUGAUGGCACUAUUUGGGAGGAAUACUUUUUUUUUUUUUUGAUUGGCACCGGGAUAUCCAGAUCAACGCCUGACUAAUCCCAAGGGGUGCAUAAGCUCUCGGCAUGGAGUUUUCUGCAAGUACACCAUAGUUAAUUCAAGGGUUUUUUUCUAGUCCGAUGGCCCCAAGGAAGUGAUGGCACUAUUUGGGAGGAAUAAUUAAAAGUCAUGUAGCCACAGAAGAAUAUUACUGAAAUUGAUAAAAAGAUUUACAUCAAUUCCUAUCACCUUCUCAGUGGCAAUUAUACUCUUGCGCAUGACACAUAGGCUUGCUUCUUACUCUGGAUGUUGCUGAUACUAGCGCAUGUUCCUAUUAUGUGUUAGUUGGUGGAUCUCAGCAGUGAAACAAUUUUUUGCCCCAUUUUGUGCAAGGAAAUUAUAGUUAAUUUUGUUUGGUUGUAGAGAUGGAGGGCAAUCUCAUUUGCAGCAUUGGUUUAUGCUUUCCAAACAUCAUUGUAAUCAAUUUUAUAGGCCUAAUUGACUUGGUUGAGUGGAGAAAACCGAUGUAAAACCACCUUUUGCUGAGAUGCUUUGAUUCUUUAGUAUGUAGAUAGAUGUGUUUUACUUA